UUUCUCAUCCCCCAGAGAAAGGCAGCCAUGGCCGGAGAAAGUCCAGUCAAGGGUCUCUGUGAAGAAACCACUUGUCCUCUCUGCCUGGACUUCUUCACAGACCCAGUGGCCAUAGACUGUGGGCACAAUUUCUGCCAGGCCUGCCUCACCCAGUGCUGGGGGGCAUCUCAGGAGGAGGUUUCUUGCCCUCAGUGCAGAGAAACAAUCCAGCAAAAGGCCUUCAAGCCAAACAGGCAACUGGCAAACAUUGCAGAACUUGUCAAGAAACUCCAGGAGGGAAAAAAGAGAGAAAGCGAAAGAGAAGGGAAGAGGGAUGCAUGCAAGAUUCACCAGGAUCCCCUGAAACUCUUCUGCAGAGAGGACGAAACCCCCAUCUGUGUGGUGUGCGACAGGGCCAAGCACCGAAGGCACAUGGUGCUUCCCCUGGAAGAGGCUUUCCAAGAGUAUAAGGAAAAAACCAAGAUUCAUCUGGAAUCUCUAAGGGAAAAGAGAGAAGAGCUUAAGGACCAGAAAUAUUUUCAGGAACUGAGAAGGCAGGAUUAUCAGACACAGUUAGAACUGGAGAAGAUGAAGAUCAAAUCUCUCUUUGAGAGAAUGCAGAGGUUUCUUGAGGAGAAGCAGCAUCUUUGCUUAGCUCAGCUGGAAGAUCUGGAGAAAGAGAUGGGAAAACGGCAAGAAAAAACCCUCACCAAACUCUCUGAAGAGAUUUCCCAACUUGGUCUGCUGAUCACAGAGAUGGAAGAGAAGUGUCUGCAGCCAGCCUGUGAAUUCCUGCAGGACAUCAGAAAUUCUUUGGUCAGAUGUGAGAAGAGCUUAGUAGGGCAUGUGGUGGAUGUUUGUGGAAACUUGGAAGAGAGACUCACAAUAACCUCUCAGAAAACCUCUGCUUUACAAAAGGUCACAGAGUUGUAUAAAGUUUCUCUCAGUCAAGCCCCAAAGACAGAGUCUCCCAAUCAAGCUCCAAAGAGAGUGAAUGUGACUCUGGACCGAGAGACAGCACAUCCCAGGUUUCUUCUAUCUCAGAACCUGAAGAAUGUGAGAAUAUUAGAGAGCGCUCAGCAGGUGCCUGACAAUCCAGAGAGAUUUGACCAGGAGUUAUUUGUAUUGGGCCAUGAGAGAUUCACUUCUGGAAGACAUUGUUGGGAAGCAGAGAUGUACAAAGCUAAAUGGGCUGUUGGGAUCUCAAGAGAGACUGUCAGAAGGAAGGGAAAUAUUGCCUUAAGCCCAGAGGAAGGGAUCUGGGCAGUAGGAAGGUCAGGCAAUUCAGAAAUCUCAGUUUUUACUAUCCCUCUUAAAACCUCUGUCUAUUUAAGAACGCCACCCUCUAAAAUAUAUGUGGCCUUGGAUUAUGAAAAGGGAUGUGUGGAAUUUUUUGAAGCCUAUACCAAAGAAUUCAUUUUUGCUUUUCAUUCAUUAUCAUUCUCUGGUGAGGGAAUCCGACCCUUUUUUUAUGUAUCUGACUAUGGAACUCUGAAGUGCUGAUCCUUGAGAAGAACAAAAAGCCCUCCCACAGUUCUACCAAAUGGCUCUCCAAGGCUUUCUUUGCAGUUGCCUGAAGACCAAUCCAAAUAGUGUUUUUCAGGUAAAACUUCAAUUUCCUGAUCACAGAGCCUAAAAUUUUCCAUCUACAAAAAUGCAAAGAAGAGCAGACAGGGUUACGGGGAUCCUUUGGUUACCGACUCUUUAAAAAAAAAAAAAAAUCCCUGUCCUCCAAGCAUGUUAGUUUAUUAACAAGAUAAACUAUACAGGUUAAAGUGUUCCCCACUUCUGCUUUUUUAUUUUUGCCUCUCAUGAUGCUUUUAAUGGCAUGUUAUUGUUGUUGUUUUUUUUAAAAAUGUGUACCAGCACAGGGGAAAAUUAGCCUAAUCUUGCUGCUCUUUUGGGACAAUGGUUAUGAUUUGUUUACACAAAAAUAUAACAUGGAUGAUGAUGUUUUUGUGUAAAGAGCAUGGUUAUUUAACAACAUUUCAACCAAAUCUGGCUCGAAGUUGCUACAAUUAUUCCUGUGGCUUCCUGAUUAUUUUGUUUCAUAUACAGUAGAGGCUCUUUGAGUAAAUCAAAGGCAUGUCCUUGUCCCUUGUAGCAUGAUGCCAGCCACAGAUGCUGGCAAAACGUCAGGAAUAAACUCUUACAGAACAUGGCCACCAGCCCAAAAAAACCAAACACAAAAAACUGUGGAUGCCGGCCACGAAAGCCUUCACCUUCACAAUGUAGAUUAACUUUUCAUCUUUAAAGAUAUUUUUGUUGAUGCUUGAUCUUGAACAUUAUUUCUCUGAUUUAAAGUUAUGUAAUCAUAAUAUAAAGAUCUGGAAAUUA